AAUUCUAUCUCAAGAUGAUUAUUUCUGUGCACUCUUAUUUUUUGAACUAGUUCAGUAAUGAUAUUUUGCCUUUGCAGGUCUAGAGUUUCAGCUCUUGGCAAGUUGUGAUUGUGAAUUGCUGUUGUAUUUGUUGAUGAGGUUAGGAUCAUUUUAGGGGAGAAAAUGAUUUAUAUCGUUGCCUUCAUCCAUAGGAAUAGUUGAUGAAAAGAGUACAAUAUUCUUAGAGGUAGGAAGAGCUUAGGUGGUGCAAAUUCCUAUUAUAGCAGCCAGCUUGUACGUCACCUAACAAACCCCAUCACACAAAAGGAAUGAAGCAUACUCAAACCAUUCAGAACCUAACCAGCAAACAAAGCGUCAUUCUCUUGGUAAACCUAUAUUUUACUGUUAUCCCACCAGAGAAGGAGCCCCAUGAAUGCACAAGUAUAUAACAGAGGCAAGAGCCAGUCUGAAGCACCUGAAACCACUCUCCUCCCUCUUUUUCUCCGUAUGUAAUAGUCAAGACAAGCUGAGAUAGCUCGAAUGGAGAAAGUCAAGAUUGUUACAUUAACACUCUUUGCAGCACUCGUGGUACUGUUGCCGAGGUCGGAGUGCCAGUUAAGGGGAGCGCCAGUGCUGACACCCCGCCCGCUUUGUGCGUCACAAUUUUCACUCGCUAACUAUGCAUGCGCACGGCUCCCCUUGAGGCCCGUAUCUCCUCCUCCACCACCCUCUCCUACUUCCCCUGACGAUGAUGAAGAGGGGCACCAUCACAGGCAACGUGGACACAAGCGCAGGCAUAGGCGCCACGACACACCUGAGGAAGACAACUGUUGCCGUUGGGCAACCCAGGUCGACAGCCAGUGUGUUUGUGAAAUGAUGUAUCUCUUGCCCAGCUUCGCAAACUUCCUUAUGAGACCUGUACACCAGAUUAACCUCGAGAUCAGUGACGCUUGCAACGUUACCUACACGUGCGGCGGGACGAUACUAAGAGCUUGAGCACUGCACUUACAUUGUGAUGCAAGGCCAUGCUUGUUGCAACGAUCAAAUAUCCAAACUUAAUAUUUGGUCUACUAUGUUUGUUGUGUGGGUUUAAAUUAUAUAUUUAGUUAUCUGCUUCUACUACCUAGUUUUAAUUAUUUAGCUGUUUCUGUCUGUACUUGUAAUAGUUUUGAGCAUUCAUAAUAAACUCAUAUCUUGUUGCCA